UUAGUCUACCUAGUGAUUAAUGACGAGUGUCCAUUUUUAGCUCUUAGAGACCCUGUAGCUUGAAGUUGGUUACCUUAAAAGGCAAGUGUCUUUGACCUCUUUGUAACUGGCUGCCCUUUUAGCGACCUGGUAACAGAUGAUUGGAGGAGAUAACCAGCCCUCAGGUACUCUGAAGGCUUAGGACUAUGAUUGUGCAUGGAAGGUGUUAUGGAAAAGAGAAGUUAUAUGUCUGUGUCUAGCUAUUAAAAAAGGUACAAGAUGUACCAUUGUCUGCAAAACAAUGACUGCACAUAAUGUAUUUUUGACCUGUAUUUGACGCCAUGGGGGGGCGGAUACCCCAAUGCUUUAAAAGUGUUCUCCACAUGUAUUUUUAGUAGAGAGACAGAGAAGACUCAUGCUGUAAUUUUGUUCUGUAUUAAUAAACUCACUGUUUGAUUGCACCUUUCUGGGGCCUCCAUGGUUUGUUUCACUGCUCUACAUUGAUCGAUUUCGCGACAGAUUUGGUGGAGGAUGCCGGCAUUGUAGAGACAGGUGUUGCUUUCCGCGGGGGUCGAGCCAGAUUGGUGGUCAAACCGGCAGACGUCUCGGGUGGCUUCCUUGACCGCUGGGCCCGCAAAACAAAAGGUGUGGCAGAGGAAAGGAGCCUGGAAAGAGGGUGGUCUCUGGAGAGGAGCUGAUGGACGACCAGUCUUAACCGACAAACUGGCCAGGCAGAAGAUAACUGAGGCACAUGGGCUUGGCCAUGUGGGAGUGGCACAGAUGGAGAGGAAUUUGUGUCACUGGUGGCACCCAGAUUUAACAGCUAUGAUAAAGGAAAAAGCCCGAGCGUGUCUAAUUUGUGGAGCACACAAUCCAAAACCAGUGGUAAAACCGGAAGCAGUUUCACAAAACAGGUUACCUCUGGACUGCAAACGGUGGACCAGGUGACCCCAGAGGUGAAGGCGGUGUGGCUGAAGGUUAUCAAACGCAAGUGGAAGGAGCCACGCUGGACGGGUCCUUACGAGGUCAUUGCCAGGACGACGACAGCAGUUCAACUAGAAGGGAAAGGCGAUACCUGGUACCAUUGGUCGCAGUGUGCUCCAGCACAUGAGAGUUUGGUAGAGGAAAACUCCUCUACACCCAACACAGGUGUCAACGAUAACGAGCAGAGGCAGAAUAAAUCCUCUCACCUGUGCAACGGGCCAACCAGUAGUCCACCUGGGAGGCCGAAGAAAGAAGAGCAGCAGCUCAGAAGGUCGCCACGCCAGAAGAAAGGAGCGGUGACAAGUUGAGGACUUCACAAAAGCAGGGGAGUUUCAUUCCAGGAUACAAAGUUUAUAUAACAUGAUGCAAACACAUGAAUCAGAGAUACGGAAUGAGAAAAAACUUAUUAAAAUGUUCCUUAUAACUACAUGUCUAUUAUAUGCAGUAAUAUUAACUAUGGCUGUGUUGUUUAUUGUUUAUAUUUCGCAGGGCACUCCGGGCCACUCGUCUGAACACGGAGGCCAGUCCAGCCCAGCACUUCCUGAGAAUGUAGUUGCUAAAACGGAAUCGGGGGAAAGACGAAAGCGCGAGGUGUCAGGUAAAGGGGAUGAGUGUCUCAGCACAUAUAAUGGCAUAGAGUUGAAUUAUGUUAAAGGGUCUACCAGCUCAUUCACGUUUGAUUUGUGUGACAUUGUUAAGUGUACAGGAGCUAGUAGUAGCUGGAAAGCGUAUGAUGUGUGGGUCUGCAAUCACCCCAUGAUAUGCUCCCGGAGCCCCUCGUGGGGCAUUCACAUUCACACAUACGUAGCAGGUCAGUGGUGUGCCUGGGAAAAUGUGGUGAGUUGGACAGGAGUAGGAUGGCAGCCACAUGUGCCAAAGGGCCUGAAAGGGAUAGCUAUUCAAAGAGAUUAUUCUGUUUCUCAUAACCCUGUCACCCUUUCCCUAGGACCGUGGGACACGCUCCCCAAAGCCGAGAUCCCGGGGGGCGUGUUCUAUCUGGUAAUCGGGGUGGAUGUGACAGGAAGAGAUCCAUUUGGGGUAAUUAGAGUAAAUUUAGUUGACCCACAGUCUAAGCCGCUCGCAAAAAGCUCAAUCACCACUCUGAUUGAUCAAACGUUAACCUCGGAGACAGUAGCUCAAAAGGAGCAGGAGCCAAAAGAGAGACCACUUCUGACCACAGAUUACACUAGAUUGAAGCCUCAGGAUUUGAUCGAGCGUGCCACCGGUUUCAAGGACAGUAAUCUUUGGCUUGAUUGGGUGGCUCAGAAUGCUAAGGAACAACAUGUAGCUGACUGUGUUGCCUGUGCUUCAGCCAGGCCACGUUUGUUUACGGAGCCCGCACCACUGCAUCCAGAGGAUAAGUGGGGCUAUGAUUGUAUGUUGCAGCUAACUAGAAGCGCAGUGACUACUGGCAACUGUACUCUGUUGUCCAGCCUUUUCCCUCCCAUUCCAAAACAGACAACAGUGGGACCAUUUAUGCCAAAACAAGAUAACUAUACAUGUUUCAAGUUCUCUACAGAUAAUGAAAAGUACAAGGUGGGUGAAAUCGACCCAACUUGGUGUGCUGUCACACUCCAGGGAAGAACCACCAAUAAUGUACCAAGCACGGUAAUUGGAACAUGGGCAAGAAGUGGGUUGUAUUAUUAUUGUGGGGAAAGUACUCUCUUGGUUCGUGUUCCUCUAGGAAGCGUAGGGACAUGUGCGAUGGUGCGACUAGGAGCUCCUCUCAUGCUUAUUGGGAACCAGGUAAAGACCAUUCCAGAACACAACACACGUACCUUAGCAGCCAGACGUAAGAGACAUAUUCUGGCCAAAAGAGGGACCCAGGGUACACAUGCUUAUGAUCCUCACCUGAACUCACCGACUUGGAUAGACUCCAUAGGAGUCCCCAGGGGAGUUCCAGACGAGUACAAGCUGGUAAAUCCGAUAGCUGCAGGAUUUGAAAGUAUAUUUCUUUGGGUAAUGCCUAAUAAGAAUGUUGAUCGCAUUAACUAUGUUCAUUAUAACCUGCUGAGACUCUCUAACCUAACCAGGGACGCCAUGGUGGGGUUCGUAGAACAAUUGGGUCCAAGUUCGCUGAUGGGGGUGCAAAAUCGAAUGGCCCUGGACAUGUUGUUGGCAGAGAAGGGAGGUGUGUGUGCCAUGUUCGGAGACAUGUGCUGCACCUUUAUCCCCAAUAAUACUGCCCCAGAUGGCUCAGUAACCCGAGCUCUGGAGGGCCUGAAAACUUUGUCUGUAACCAUGCAUGAGCACUCAGGUAUCGAAAAUCCGCUGGUGUCCUGGAUGACAUCUGUGUUUGGACGAUGGAAAGGUGUGGCUAUGUCAGUGAUGUUUUCUUUGACUGUACUUUUGGGAAUACUGGUCAUUGGUGGUUGUUGUAUCAUUCCUUGUGUAAGAGGAUUGUUGGUACGGAUAAUGGCGAGGGUUGCAAACCCCGGACGGGUGGAGUCCAUCUACAUGAUGGACUUAGAACCCAUAGAGUGGGGCAGGGAGUGAUACAACAUGAGGUAUGGUGACAUUCCUUGUUGGAAUGUCAAAAGAGGGAAUGUGGAGAUUCAGAAAUUGUUUUAUUGCUGCCAUAUAACCUGCAU